AUGGUUCAUCAACGGCGUCGCACGUACUGCCAGUGGCAUGGCCCCGAUUCUGAUGACGCGGAUGAUUUAUUAUGCUUCUGCCCUUUCUUGACGUGUUAUUUUGCCUUCUCUCUCGACCAUAUAGCCUCAGUCGACUUCUUAGAUGACCCGGAGGCUACUUCCGCUGCACAGAAAAUCAAUGGUGGAACCUACAUCGGCUUGGCUGAACGCACACUGGACUUGCCUUUACCCGACCGCCCACUUCACAGAAUGCGUAUACGUCUUCUCAGCCAGGGUUUGCCGUCAGGAGAAGACCUUGAGCGACGAUGCGUUCAGGCGGCGAUGUGUUUGCCCAUCUCUCCUGCUACUCAACAUCCGACCGGGAGACUACCGGUUAUUCCUUCCAAACCAUUCCCAUGGGAUAACAUUUACCAUCAUUCACCGAUGUUCACUAUUCUUCGCAUACCUACUCGCACGCAGGAUUACUCUGCUGCGAUUUUCUCCAGUCACCAGGACAUGAGUCGCUUGCGCAGGGCUUGGAACGAGGAUGAGACGGAGCGUAAAGCCCUACUGGAGGCAGCCCAGUUUUACAAUGUGGACGGUAUGCUUUUGUACCCAGAUUGA